AUGUCGUGGAAAGACACUCCCCCUGAAGACGCCGCUAAGUUCGAGCUUUGGAAGCCUAAGAUCCAGGCGUAUCUGGACGCUCGCGAAGCCGCUGUUCCUAAACAAUAUUUGCUACCGGAGUCAAAACUUCCCCCAGCUGACCAACUCAAUGUUGCUAAUCUCCCAUACACGUCUGGGGCCAUGACUGCCGAGGAAUUAGUCAUUACCGAAACGGGUGUUCCUCAACUGGCAAAGAAGAUCGCUGAUGGUGAUUGGUCCUCGGUCCAGGUUCUGGAGGCCUUUCUGAAAAGGGCUGUUAUGGGUAACCAAUUGUUAAACUUUGCCACCACUUUCAUAGCUGAUGAUGCCAUGGAACGUGCAAAAGAGUUAGACGAGAUCUACGCCAAAACUGGAAAGACCGUAGGACCGUUACAUGGAGUUCCCGUCUCCAUUAAAGAGCACAUUGGUUUCAAGGGAAAGCCAAUGCAUGGUGGUUUUGUUUCUCGCGUAGACUUUCUGGCUACAGAAGAUGCGGUGACUGUUCGUGUUCUGAAAGAGCAGGGAGCAGUGCCUUUCGUGAGAACCAACAUCCCACAAUCUCUGAUGCACGCCGAUUCCAGUAACUACAUUGUUGGAGCCACCAAGAACUGUCUCAAUCUUAAACUUUCAGCAGGUGGAUCCUCUGGCGGUGAGGGUUCCAUUGUGGGGUUUAAGGGAAGUCCUGUGGGGGUGGGUACCGACAUUGGUGGUUCCAUUCGAUUUCCAGCUGCUUUCAAUGGCUGUUACGGUUUAAGACCAACCUCUUAUCGAGUUUCCGGACUGGGCUGCGGUGGUGCUGGUGGUGGACAGGAAAGUAUCAAAUCUGUGAUGGGGCCAAUAUCUCAACACGUUGAAGAUUUGGACUAUUUCAUGGAGUCCUAUCUGGGAGGUGAGCCUUGGAAAUACGACGGAACUCUCCUAGUGAUGCCCUGGAGAAAGGUCGUUCCCUCCAAAGCCAUCACUGUGGGUAUAAUGUGGAACGACGGGGUGGUUGAGACGCAGCCCGGUAUUCUCCGUGGUUUGAGAUUUCUCAAGGAGAAGCUGGAGGCUCAGGGAAUUAAAGUUGUGGAUUGGGAGCCGUACAAGGUUGGAGAGAUCUGGGAAGAGUCCUUGCCUCUUUUCUACGCAGACGGGCUCAAAGCGCAACUAACCAUGCUUGGUGAGUCGGGUGAGCCUAUCCAUCCUCUCACAAGAUACGCUUUUCAAGGAUGUAAGGAAGGAGGCCUAACUGUGAGUGAGAACUGGGCCUAUAACCGUCGUCGUGAUUCCUUUCGUACUGAGUACCUUGCUCUCAUGCAAAAGCGCGGCGUCGACUUCAUCGUCAACCCGGUCUACUGGAACGUGACACCUCGUCUUCACGAGACCAAGUACUGGUCCCACACCACUCUGUGGAAUUAUCUAGACCACCCAUGUGUGGCUAUGCCUACUGGUCUAUUCAUGGAUCCAAAGCUAGACACGCCUCAGCCGCGUGAAUUCUUGAGCACAUUUGACGAGGAAAUUCAGUCGCUUGUUGGAGAUGCUCAGGAUUAUAUUGGUGCCCCUCUUACAUUCCAGGUUGUUGGAAAACGUUAUCAUGACGAGGAGACUGUCGCUGCAGCGAAGGUGCUUGAUGCAGCACUCAAGGCGUGA